AAAAAAAGUCCGAGUGGAAGGAACGGAUAGGGUUUCCUUUUCAUAACAGGCUUACUUCCCUUUAUUAAAUUAUUUCCAUUUGCACACACGAAAAACAUGGACGAGGUUGACAGUCACGAAGAGUAUGAUUAUGAGGAAACAAUAGUGAUGGUGGAGUUACAAGGUAUCAUGGAAAAUGACUUCUUGGGUCAAGUCAGUCAGGCAAAGAUGCUUGGUAUAGAUACAGAGAAGCCUUUACUGCAGUUAGAUGAUUAUACAUUCACUGGACAAUACUCAGAUACCCUUGGCACAAAUUUAGUUUUUCAAGAUAAAACAGAGACUAAUGAUUCAAGAUCAGGAGAAAAGAAGUUAGAGUACAGUUGUUUGACAAACAAGAAACUCAGCCUGCAGAGGGUUUUUCUCAAAGAUAAUAAUGAACUCACACAAUUGGAUAGCGCUGCUUGUGCUUCAUCUGACGAUGAGCAGAACGAUAACGAUGCAACACAUUCCCCCGAUGCUUCUCCUGGACCAUCUGAAAUUAUAAGUGAAGCAGCCAUAGAUAGAGGUCUUAAUAAAGACUUAGUGGCAGAUGCCUUUUCUAAAACAGCAAAACAUCAUGUGAAGAAGACUUCAACAAAUUCUGAACAGGCAGACGAAAAACAUGAAAAGACUUGAUCCUAAAGAUUUUGAGGUACUUGACUGAAACUACGUUCAUUUUAAAUGAACCAAAAAUGUUAUUUAGCGGAUCCCUUAUGUGAAUGUUUACUAAAAUAUCUGUACUUCAGUGGAUUAAUAGAUGAAAUUAAGUUUGUGGAAACUUUCUCAAUUGUUGAAAAUGCCACGUAAAAUUUAUGUUUACUAGGCUACCUUUCAAAUACUGAUGUGGUAAACGUGUGACUGUUUGGUUCAUCUGAGGAGGAAGUGCUCAUGGUGAGCUUUUAGGAUCGCUGAAUGUCUGUCGUCCGACUGUUGUCCACAAUUUCUUUAAAGAACAUCUUCUUCAUAAAUAUCAAGCUAAAUUCAACCAACCUUCGAUAGAACGUUCCUAUGGUGGUCACCUUCCAGAUUCUCUCCAAUCUGUGUACAUCCAUACAGAAUUUGGUUUCCAAAAGGAAAAACUUUACCAAAUUCCUGCAAAUCAUUCUGUUUUGUUAAAAAAAACAUGACCUCUAGAGGGCGCAGCUAGUUUUCCCUAUAAUGAUUGUAUGGAAAAUUUUGAAAACCUUCUCUUCUGAAACUGUUAGUUCAAUAUCAAAAUGUAUUGAAAGCCUUGUUCCAUGGGUGACUGUUUACCAAAUUUCUUAAGGGGCUUCCGUGGCCGAGUGGUUAAGGUCGCUGACUUCAAAUCACUUGCCCCUCACCGAUUUGGGUUCGAGCCUUACUCGGGGCAUUGAAUUCUUCAUGUGAGGAAGCCAUCCAGCUGGCUUACGGAAGGUCGGUGGUUAUAUCCAGGUUCCCGCCCGUGAUAAAAUGAUGCACGGAGGGGCACCUGGGGUCUUCCUCCACCAUCAAAGCUUGAAAGUCGGCAUGUGACCUAUAAUUGUGUCAGUGCCACGUUAAACCCAACAAAAACAAAAUCGAACCAAAUUCCUUGAAAUCAUUCUAUAUAAUUUAAAAAAACGUGGUGCCAGGGGCCGGGGCUAGUUUUCCUUGUUACUGUAAUAGAAUAAUAAUGGAUGUAUUGAAAUCUUUGAAAAUAUUCUUCUCUGACACCACUGGCUGGAUUUCAGAAUUUUUUGACAGGACUGUUUUUUUGGGUGACGCCUCUACCAAUUAAAUUCCUUAUAAACAUUCUAUUUUUUUUUUUAGUAAAACAUGGCUGUUAGGGAUGGGGCUAGUUUUUCCCUAUAUGGAAAACCUUGAAAAUCUUCUCUGAAACCACUGGGUUGAUUUCAGAAUAAUUUGAAAGCAAUAUUCCUUGGGUGACCCUUUACCGAAAUUUCCUUCAAAACAUUCUGGUUUGUUAGCUCGACUAUACGAAGUAUGGAAAGCUGUCCUACUUUACCCGGCUUUAUGAAUUAUCCCCCCUUUUUACUUAGAAUUUCAGGUUAAAGUUUUGAUGCACUUUCACCAAUAAAUCAUUCUGUUUCAUUGAAAAAUAUGGACACUUCGAGGUGGGGCUAGUUUUCCCUGUAUGACUAUAUGAUCUUACUAGAUCUCAAAAAAAUUGUGGUACGAUUUCAAAAUAAUGUGAAUGAAAAUUCCUUUGGUGACCCUUAAAUCAGUCUGUUUCAUAAAAACAUGACCACCAGGGGGCAGAGCUAGUUUCAUAGAAAACUUUGAAAUCUCCUCCAAAACAGCUGGUCCAUUUUCAAAAUAAUUUGACAGCAAUGUUCCUUGGGUGACCAUCUUCCAAAUUCAUUCAAAUCAUUUUGUUUCAUUAAAAAACAUGGAUGUCAGGGGGUAAGGCUCGUUUUCUCAAUAGCACUCUAUAGCACUUUGUGGAAAACUUUGAAAAUUUUCUCAUCUAAAACCACAGGUCUGAUUUCAAGCAGUGUUUCUUUUGUGGCCCUCUACUAAAUUUCUUCAAAACAUUCCUUUUUGUUAAACAAACAUGGCUACCUGGGGACUGGGGUACCGGUAGUUUUCUCUAUAUCGCUGUUUGCCAUACAACCUCCUCUGAAACUUCAGGCCCAAAUUAAAAAUAAUUUCACACAGAUGUUCCUUAGGUGACUCUGUACCAAAUUCCUUCAAGCACCCACCAAUAUUAUCCCUUCCCACCCCUACUCCAUUAUUCGCCACACACACAAAUAUACAAUGUCAUUACCCACCCAUACUAUUAAGCGUAAACUGCAAAAGUCUUCCAGUCAGAAAACACUAUAACCCUAUUUCAAAAUAAUAUCAACAUGUACUUUCCUUGCAUGAGCAAAUUACAUGAAAUUAUUUUGUUUCAUUUUUAGUUCGACUAUACGAAGUAUAUGGAGAGCUAUCCUACUCAACCCGGCGUCGGCGUCUUUCCGUGUCCCCACCUUGGUUAAAGUUUUUUUUACACUUUCUCUUUUUUCUCCUCAUCUCUGUAAUUACUUGAUGGAUUUGCUUUAAACUUUUAAUAGUUAUUCCCCAUCAUCACCCACAUCAUAUGGCACAAGGGCCAUAACUCUCACACCAAUAUUUCAUGAAUUAUCCCCCCUUUUUACUUAGAAUUUCAGGUUAAAGUUUUGACGCACUUUCACUCUAUCUCAGUUAUUCCUAAAUGGAUUUGAUUCAAACUGAAAGUAGUUGUUCCACAUAAUAUCCAACAUCAUAUGACACAAGGCCCUUAACUCUGGUACCAAUAUUUAAUUAAUUAUCCCCCCUUUUACUUAGAGUUUCAGGUUAAAGUUUUGAUGCACUUUCACUAUAUCUCCGUUUAAUUACUAAAUGGAUUUGAUUCAAACUUAAAAUAUUGUUCAGCAUCAUCACUCACAUCAUAUGACACAAGGGCCAUAACUCUUGCACCAAUAUUUCAUGAAUUAUCCCCCUUUUUACUUAGAAUUUCAGGUUAAAGUUUUGAUACACUUUCACUCUAUCUCAGUUAUUACUAAAUGGAUUUGAUUCAAACUUAAAAUAGUUGUUCCACCUUAUCACCCACAUCAUAUGACACAAGAUGCAUAACUCUGGCACCAAUUUUUCAUGAAUUAUGCCCCCUUUUACUUAGAAUUUAAGGUUAAUUUUGAUGCAUUUUCACUAUAUCUCAGUUAUUAGGAAAUGCAUUUGAUUCAAACUUGAAGUAGUUGUUCCACAUCAUCACCCACAUCAUAUGACACAAGGUGCAUAACUCUUGCACCAAUAUUUUAUAAAUUAUGCCCCCUUUGUACUUAGAAUUAUACCUAUAUAGUGUUUUGAUACACUUUAUCUUUACCUCUCUUAUUACUUAAUAUUUUUGACACAGACUCAAGCUAUUGUGCAAUAUCUUCAUCCACCAUUGGAGUCAUUAAACACUCCAAUGACAGUUCCACUUUCCUCAGAUGUGCCCAGUUUCACUAUCCAGCAUCGAAAUAGUCAGGCACACUGUCUCCUGUGACAGCUCUUGUUUAACAACUUCAGCAACUUCGUUUGACGUAUAACAUCUUUUAUCAGUAUAAUAUUAUGGCUCUACUGUUAAACUAAAUAUUGAUGGUGAAACGUUUUGUUAAUGAUCAGUUUGAUGUUAGCUCUAUGGUAGAGUGGCCAGAUUUGUUGUGUUUCUAGGUUGCACACUCCCUAAGUCACUUUUCGCUAAAUGUGUGAGAUGUUGUGGUCCUGUGUUUAAAAGACUGUUCCAGUCCACUGGCACCAGACCAGAAAGAAAAUGCCACUGUAUAUGUUAUACCAUACCCCUUGGUAUACUAUAAGAACCAAGGUCAUGAAUGGGAAAAUGUACUUACCCAUUUCAAUCGUGCAUUUCUCACCUAAAACACGCAGUACGGUAAAUGUAUUCUAUGGAUAUUGAACAAGUGGUAAUUUAUCUUCCAUUGUGUACCAGUCACAUUCCUUCAGUAUUUCUUAUCUUAGAGAAACAACGUGUAGUUUAUAGUUUCAUCAACGUUACAGAAAAAACUUGGAUGAACUUCCCUAAUGAAGUUCCGGUCUAGAUUACAAAAUUAUUCUGACUGGCUGAUGUGAAAAUGUAUGUCAGUCAUCGUUUAACUACACGUGUACGCUAAAAUGUGUAUAUGCAGCAUAAAUGUGCAAUGUGAAUUAAAUAAACAAUACAAAUGUAUACCAGUGUAUGACUUCAAAUUCAAAAUCAUUUCUAAGAUGUAUUUCAUUCAUCAUUUCGAGUUUUAUUGUAUAUCUGUGAAUAAUUUGCAUUCUGUUUUUGUUUGUUUACAUUUCGCCUAACAUGUGCACACUGCUGUGACCUCUAGACCGGAUGUUCCUGUAACGUUGACGAAAGCAUAAGGUAUGUGGAGUCUUUGCAAUAUGAAAUAUUGGGACAAUUUGACUGGUGCACGAUGGAAGAUGAAUUACCGCUUGUUCAAUAUGCUUGGUAGGCAUUCAUCGAACUGCGCGUUUAGGUGUGAAAUGUACGAUUGAAAUGCGUUAGUGCAUUUUCCCCGUUCAUGACCAUUGUUCUUAUAGUAUACCUAGAGGUAUAGGGUAUAACAUGUACGGUGGCAUUUUCUUUCUGGCCUGGUGCCAGUGUUUCAGUCUUUCUUAAAAUGUAGGGACACACCAGAGCAGUUGUCUCCCUUUGGCCAUAUUAUCUGGGAAAACAUAAAUUGUUUUUACCUCUGCUGUCUGAAACCCUUUAAGUCGUCAGAAAUUUUGUUGACACCAGAUUUGUUAGAUUUUGUUUGAUAUUGGUAGAUUAAGAAGUGAUUUUAUAAAUCUUUCUUUGUUGUUAAUAUUUUGGUCAUCAUUCUCCAGUUCACGAAUUUUGUUUAUUUAAUGAAUAUUAUAUGAAAUAUUGGUAUGCAUUAUAUAGAUAUCGUUUA